GCCUUUCCAUUGGGCGGAGUCUGAGUCAACCGCUUGCCGUGUCAAUUUUCCGCGGUUUAAACAUGUCUCGCCAGAUUUCGGAAUGCCACCGUUGCAUUCACGCAUUGCUAGUGUUUUUCAAAAGCAAUUAAUUUGGGCUCAGAACUGGCAGAUCUUCUGAACCAUGGAAUCCGUGGAGAAUGCUUCCGCUAAGGUGAUCGUUCGAUCAACCUUCCUGGUCUUCCUGGAAGUAACAGAGGAACUGGAUGAGCUCAACUCGAAGUCCAAGCGCUGGGCGCGUUCAAGGAGCGUGCCGUUGCCUUGUUUGGACUCCAAGGAUGUGAAUGCCACGUCCCAGGUUGUUCAAAAGCAACUGCGGGAGAUGAACUUGCGCUUGUCAGAAUCCCCAGAUGUGGAGAUGCGUCGUGCCUUGCUGCAGCUCAUCCGACAACAUGGUACAACACUUCCCACAGGAAAGCGUGGGAUUUUUCUGUCGAAUUUGGCCAGACAUGCGUAUAAGAUCAGGAAGAAGAGAUUGAUGAGGCUGGUCCGCUCAACAGACUUUCAGCUCGGGCUGGAUCUGACUGCUCAUAAAGAAGCGGUCUUUUUAGUAUAGUCAUAGUCUGUACAGUCUUCUUCAGCAUGGUGCUGAAGUCAACCAGAGGUGCUUUCUAAGUUAGAGGCAUUUCUUUGGUUGAGGCUCUGCUAACAAAAAUUCCCAACACAUGUUUUGGCCC